AUGUUCAAGUUUUUCCGUUCGGCCGCUUUCAAAAAAGCCGCUGUGAAGUCUUCGAGACCAGUGCUUCAGGCCUCUAUCAUCCCUAGACCUCUUCUACUCACAGUUGGUGCAGCAGGUGCAGCAGCAGCAGCCUUCUAUGUGCUUGAUGCCAGAGCCGGUAUUCACGAGUGGCUUUUAUGUCCUCUCAUUAGAACUUUCACUGAUGGAGAGACUGGCCACAAGUUGGGAAUUGAGCUCAUGAAGUACGGAUUGGCUCCAAGAUUGAGAGGUGAGGACAAGCGCUUGGAGAACGAGCUUGAGCCUAUUUUGGGUGUGGAUGUGUUCGGCUACAGAUUAAAAUCUCCAAUUGGUCUUGCCGCUGGUUUGGACAAAGAUGGUGUGGCUAUUGAGUCUCUCUUCAACACAGGCUUCUCCUAUGUCGAAAUUGGUUCCAUUACUCCGGAAGCUCAACCAGGUAACCCCAAGCCGCGUUUCUUCCGUUUGCCUCGUGACGAUGCUGUCAUCAACAGAUACGGCUUCAACUCCUCGGGCCACUUGCCUGUAGUAGCCACUUUGGCUCGCCGUCUUCUUGGCCACGAAAACCCUGAAACUUACUCUAAUGCUCUCAGAGAUGGCAGAUUGUUGGGUAUCAACCUUGGUAAAAACAAGAACGGUGACGAGGUCGAGGAUUACGUCAAAGGUGUUCAACGUCUUGGUCCCUAUGCCGAUGUGCUUGUUGUAAACGUUUCAUCUCCAAACACCCAGGGAUUGAGAGACCUUCAAAGUGAGCAAAAGCUUACCAAUUUGUUGACUUCUGUUGUUGAUGAGAGAAACAAGUUGGGUACCAACAAGCUUGGCAAGAAGCCUCCUGUCUUAGUCAAGGUUGCUCCUGACUUAACCGAGCAAGAAAUUGAAGCUAUUGCUACCUCCGCAAAAGCUUCCAAAGCCGAUGGUAUUGUCAUUUCUAACACUACCAUCAAAAGACCUGACAACUUGUACACCACUGACAAGAAUCUUGUUAACCAAACUGGUGGUUUGUCCGGUAAGCCAUUGAAGCCACUUGCGUUGCAAGCUUUGAGAACCUUGAGAAAGUACACCAAAGAUUCAGACUUGGUGUUGGUGGGAUGUGGUGGUAUUUCCUCGGGUCAAGAUGCACUCGAGUUCGGCAAAGCCGGUGCAACCUUUGUUCAGCUUUACACCGCAUUUGCAUACAAGGGCCCAGGAUUGCCAGCUAAAAUCAGAGACGAGUUAGCUGAGUUGUUGAAGAAGGAAGGUAAGACCUGGCAGCAAAUUGUCGGUUCCGAUGAUAAGUAA